AGAGGGGAGGCGAAAGCAGCCGAAAGUUGCCGAGCGGGCUUCGGCAGGUCGCUCUUUGGGAGCCGAGCCGCGGAGUGGAUCGCUUUUCGGGAACUGCCGCCGGACUGAGCUUGACUUUGCCAGGCGGGCUGGGGGCGGCGACAUGGGAGCGUGCCUGGGGGUCUGCUCUUUGCUGAGCUGCGCAUCAUGUCUUUGUGGUUCAGCUUCUUGUCUAUUGUGUGGCUGUUGUCCCUCUACCAAGAAUUCGACUGUAACACGCCUCAGCUUCACCUUGUUUCUCUUCCUGGGGACAUUAGUGUCCAUCAUAAUGAUAAUUCCAGGAGUGGAAGAAAAGCUGCACAAACUUCCUGGAUUCUGCGAAGGAAGCAGUUCGCCUGUCGGCAUCAAGGUUGACUGUAAGGCCUUCCUGGGACUCAAAUCGGUAUACCGCAUGUGUUUUGCCACAGCUUCGUUCUUCUUCUUCUUUGCCUUGCUGAUGCUGUGUGUCAGGAGUAGCAAGGAUCCCCGAGCUUCAAUACAGAAUGGGUUUUGGUUCUUCAAGCUCCUGAUGCUGAUUGGAAUAACCGUGGGUGCCUUCUAUAUUCCAGAUGGAACAUUCACAUCUGUCUGGUUCUACUUUGGCGUGGUUGGUUCCUUCCUCUUUGUCCUCAUUCAGCUCAUCCUCUUGAUUGAUUUUGCUCAUUCCUGGAGUCAAAUUUGGCUGCGCAAUGCGGAUGAAGGCAACAGCAAGUCCUGGUAUGCAGCUCUGUUUUUCUUCACCUUUCUGUUCUACGCUGUCUCCAUUGCUGCCAUUGUGCUACUCUACGUCUAUUACACCAAAUCAGAUGGCUGUACCGAAAGCAAGAUCUUCAUCAGCCUCAAUCUCAUCUUCUGCAUUGUGGUCUCUGUGGUUUCUGUACUGCCCAAGGUCCAGGAUGCUCAGCCUCAUUCUGGCCUUCUCCAAGCCUCCAUCAUUACCCUCUACACCAUGUAUGUCACCUGGUCAGCUUUGGCCAACGUACCAGAGAAACACUGCAAUCCAACACUCCUGAUAAGAACGGCAGGGAACAGCACAACAGCUCUGCCUGAGAAUGGCCAAGCAACUCAAUGGUGGGAUGCCCCAAGCAUUGUAGGCCUAAUCAUAUUUGUCUUCUGCACCCUCUUCAUAAGCAUCCGUUCCUCGGACCAUACUCAAGUGAACAAGAUGAUGCUCACAGAAGAAAGCCCAGCUAUGCUAGGGGGUGGAAACACUAACCUUGAAGAUGGGGUACACUGGGCUUAUGACAAUGAAGAGGAUGGAGUGACUUACAACUACACCUUUUUCCAUAUCUGCCUCUUCCUGGCCUCCCUCUACAUCAUGAUGACACUUACCAAUUGGUAUAGGCCUAAUGAAAGCCGCCAAGAGCUGACUAGCCCCUGGACUGCUGUCUGGGUGAAGAUUUCAUCCAGCUGGGUUGGGCUUCUCCUAUAUCUCUGGACUCUGAUUGCCCCACUCGCACUUCCAGACCGUGACUUCAGCUGAAAACUUUCAAAGAGUGCCAACUUCCCAAGGGAAAAAAGUUACACAGUGCCAUGAGAAAAAAGCAGGCGGGAUCAAUACUUAUGGUUUGAAUGUUAGGUAUGGGCUCUCAAGCUUAUGAAGGCAGAAGUGACCGAUCCUCCCCUUUCCUCUGUUUAACAUUCAGACAAAUCUACCACGUUUUGUGCCUUUGCUUCUUAAAAAAAUUCUUUAAAAACCAGUUAAGCUGGCUUAAACCAUUUAUAGUGUGCAAGACUAGACACACAUUUCUGGUGGAGGAUGUGUGCACAACUUCUCCCCCCCCCCUUACGCUAAUGGCCUUCCAAGUAUAUUGUAAAAUGCCUGAGUAACUUACAUGGUGCUGCUCAACUUUUUUUUUU